AUGCAGAACCAAAACGAACUUAUCAAGCAAGGCGUCCUCGACAGGCCUUACAGAGGAGUUCUUGAUUGCGCCAAGCGGGUCUUUAAAAACGACGGUUUCCUGUCAUUCUGGAGGGGCAACUGGGUGAACUGCGUGCGUUACAUCCCUACACAGGCGAUGAAUUUUACGAUCAAGGAUACCAUACAGGACCUUUUCCCAGUAGCAUCGGAUGCUACGUUUAGACAAAAGUUAUUCACCAACCUGAUUGCUGGUGGCGUCGCGGGUGGAAUGUCUCUUUUAGUUGUCUACCCGCUGGAUUUUGCUCGGAACCGCCUAGCCGCUGAUCUCGUUCAGAGCGCCGGGAAUCGGAAGUUUAGCGGAACCUUGGACUGCUUCCGGAAGAUCGUGAAAUCAGAUGGAGUGGUUGGACUAUAUCGUGGAUUCGCGUUAGGUGUUUAUGGUAUCUCAAUGUACAGGGCGAUCUAUUUUGGCGUUUAUGAUACUGUCAAGCCAAUUCUGGAACGUCAUUCUCAAACGAAAAUUGGUUUCGUCCCAAGCUUUCUGCUCGGAUAUGUGAUCAGUAUAGUUGCCUCAAUACCAGCCUACCCAACAGACACUCUGCGCCGGCGAAUGAUGAUGACAUCCGGAACUGGAGAAAAUUACUCUUCCUCAAUUUCAGCGUUUAGAACUAUCUACGCGCAAGAAGGCAUUAUUGCGUUUUUCAGAGGUUGGAAUGCAAAUCUUCUCAGAGCGAUCGCACCUGGUUUAGUUCUAGCCUCGAAAGAUAAGUUUACUGAUUUCUACUUGCUUCUCACUAGACAAUAA